UAGUCGAUGUAAACAUUUUUGUUAAGACACGAAGAAGAGAAGAGGGGUUUAUUCCGAAAUCAUCACACACAAUACAUAACACAAUACAUUUUCGGAUUUUCCAAUUCUCUCGUCUUUGAAUUCCAAUUCGUCCAUUCCACUCUCAGCUUGAAAGGAAGAAGAAGAAGAAGAAAACAGAAAUGGUGUGUGUAUGGUAGAUUCUAGAUAGAUAGACGGUUGAUUGUGAUCGAAGAAUGGAGGGGUGGUUCUCACGCGUACCCAGUGACGAUCAGCAGCAAAAACCAGCCUCCUCUUCUUCUUCUUCGCCCUCUUUGCUGGCUGAUUGGAACUCUUACGCUUCAUCAACAUCGCAGGACACCUCCAAUUCCGGAAUCGCCUUCGAUCUGGAAUCUGCUGUCAGAUCUGCCAACAACACUGUCACUGGCACUUUCAACGUGGUUUCUAAAGGUGUGAGAGAUAUUCCUGGCAACUUCCAGUCUGCCACAAGUAGUCUUCCUUCUGGGAAAGCACUCGUGUAUUUUGCUUUGCUCCUGGCAAGUGGAGUCUUCUUCAUUUUCAUUGCAUUUACCUUGUUCCUGCCCGUGAUAGUGGUUCUGCCCCAGAAGUUUGCUAUAUGCUUCACUCUCGGGUGUGGAUUUAUUAUUGGGUCAUUCUUUGCUCUCAAAGGUCCUAAGAAUCAGCUUGCUCACAUGAUGUCAGCGGAGAGGCUCCCUUUCACAGUGGGUUUUAUAUGCAGUAUGAUUGGUACCAUAUAUGUAUCUAUGGUGCGUCACAGCUACAUUCUCUCUGUUCUGUUCUCUGUCGUACAGGUUCUCUCACUUGGAUACUAUUCUAUAUCAUAUUUUCCUGGUGGAUCUGCUGGAAUGAGAUUUCUGACUUCUUCCAUAACAUCCAGAAUAAUGAAUUGUUUUGGGAGGUGAUUUGUGAGUUUUGAUUAUAGUACACCCCAUUUUUUUUCUCUCUAUUUUCCUCUUCCUUUUUCCAUCACAGUUCCCCCCUCUAUUUUCUUAAUUUCUCUGGUGAUUUGGGGUGUACCACCCCAUGAGUGUACAAGUAUAUUCAUCCUUGGUUAAUUGGAGAUGAGGCAUAUUGCUGAGUUGAAGCAUCAUCUAACACUUGCUAAGAUUCAAUGUUUGUUGCCACCUCUUAAUGAGAAAAUCUAUUAACCUCUUUGCCA